AACAUUUUAGAAAAGAACUAGUACCUGGAAACCACCACAAGAAAAAUGCAUUUUCCUCAUCACAAACGAAGGGCUACGCUUUGUGGCCGUCGAUAUUCAAUUUGGCCACGAAAGCGGUGAUCUCUUCAAAUGCCACUUGUGGGCUAAAUGGACGUGAAGAGUUUUGUAAACUGUCAGAAAAUGGACGAGGAAGAUGUGGUAUAUGCGACGACUACGCUACUGAUCAAGGAAAAAGACACUCCAUCAACUUUGCUAUUGACGGCAGCAAUCGGUGGUGGCAAAGUCCAGCGCUCCACUACGGGCCUAAAUACGAAUACGUCACUAUCACAGUAGAUCUAAAACAGAUUUACGAGGUAGUCUAUGUGAUAAUCAAAGCAGCCAACGCACCCAGGCCAGGUACCUGGAUCCUGGAGAGAUCCAUCGAUGGAGAACGUUACGAACCCUGGCAGUACUUUGCCAGAACUGACGACGAAUGCGAAGAGAGGUUUGGUAUUCGAGCGACUAAAGGAAAACCCCGUUAUACGAUGGACAACGAAAUUAUUUGUACUUCUUUCUUUUCGAGAUUGACCCCGCUUGAAGGAGGAGAGAUUCACACAUCUCUUGUUCAAGGCCGACCUGGCGCCAACGAAUCAAGCUCAGAAUUACACGAAUUUAUCAGAGCCCGAUAUGUACGAUUUCGACUCAUGGGACUAAGAGCUAACGCCGAGCCCUUGCCAACCUGGAUUACUAUCGAUCCUCGAAAAGAUAAGAAAUUGUUUUAUUCCAUAAGGGAUAUCGUCAUUGGAGGACAGUGCGUUUGUAAUGGCUAUGCUGAAAAUUGUAGACAUAACGUAGCAAGUGGGAACUUGGAAUGCGAAUGCCAACAUCACACUUGUGGUCCAAAUUGCGACCGGUGCUGUCCUCUAUUUAAUCAGCGUAUUUGGUUACCAGGAUCACCCCACGAGCAACGACAGUGUCUGCCAUGCAACUGUAAUGGGCAUGCGAGUAGCUGUCAUUACGAUGAGUCUGUGGACAAAGCCGGGCUGAGUAUGGAUGCUGAGGGCAGGUUUCAGGGCGGAGGUGUUUGCGACAAUUGUACAGAUUAUACCACAGGAAUCAAUUGCGAAAAAUGUCUUAAUGGAUAUUAUCGGCCAACUGGUGUACUUCCAUCUCAUUCUGAAUCUUGCAAAAAAUGCGAUUGCAGCGAAUAUGGUACUUCAGAUGAAAACCCUUGCGAACAGUAUGGUGACAUAGCUGGAUCCUGCAUUUGCAAGCCUGGAUAUACAGGAAUACGAUGCGAUACUUGUAUCCCUGGAUUUAGAGGAUACCCCAAUUGCGAAUCGUGCCCUUGUGAUCCUAAGGGUAUGGUCAAUCCAGAAGAUUGUUCGGGAGCUUGUCUUUGCAAAACAAACGUGGAAGGCAAAUACUGCGAUCGAUGUAAAUCAGGAUAUUUUGGUCUAAGUUAUGAACAGCCCGAAGGUUGCCUACCUUGUUUCUGUUCGGGAGUUACUACGCUGUGUGAAAUAGCUAGGAUAGAGUCAAAAAUGGUAACUACACUCAAUAACUGGUUUUUGACAGAUUUAACAGUCACCAGUUUUAUCACUCCAGUGACCAGUAACUCCAGUGUCUUUUCUGUAGGCAACUUUGGUCUUCCCAACGUUGAAAAUCUCUAUUGGUUAGCGCCAAAAGAGUACCUAGGAAAUCAGUUAGAAGCAUACGGUUCUUCGUUCAAUUUUGGCGUCCAGUGGGUUGUAAUGCGAGGCGAUACCAGCGGAGAACCAACUAUAGGACCUACCAUGAUCCUUGUUGGAACCAAUGGCCUACGAAUUGGGUUCGGAGAUGGCAUUUAUGGGUCACAGAAGAUGGGGUUUGAAGUGCCUUUAAGAGAAAAAGGAUGGUAUGUUAUCCCUAAUGAAUUGAGGGAUAUUACGAGCAGGAUGAGUGAAGAUCAAUAUAAAACGAGAGUCGUAACGAGACAAGAAUUCCUGAGUGUCAUGGUGGAUAUCAAGUAUAUUUUGUUGCGAGGGACAUUUCACACCGAUCAAAUUGAAGCCCUACUGGAAAAAGCAGUUAUGGUAUAUGGUACAGAUGAGUUUAACUAUGAGCAAAGUUACGUUGAGAAGUGUUCUUGCCCAUCAGGAUACACUGGAUUAUCAUGUGAAAGUUGCUCCUAUGGCCAUGUUAGAAUUUCCACUAACACUUCUCAAGGAGUUGAACAAGACUACUGUGGUAAAUGCGAUUGCAAUGGUCAUUCACAAACCUGUAAUGCAGAUACUGGCGAAUGUUCCUGUGAACACAACACCGUUGGUGAAAAAUGCGAACGUUGUGCUGUUGGAUAUUACGGGAAUCCUCUAAGAGGAACGGUGCAAGACUGUCAACGUUGCGCUUGUCCUUUGGAAGACGAUAGCAACAACUUUAGCCCCAGUUGCCAGCUAGAUUAUUUUAACUUGGACAACGAAGGUGGAUAUGUAUGCACUCAGUGCCCCAAGGGGUACACAGGAGAUCACUGUGAAGUAUGCGACGAUGGCUAUUUUGGUAGCCCUUUAGAAAUUGGAAGCAGUUGCAAACCUUGUGAUUGUAAUGGUGGACCCUGUGACAGAAAGACAGGUCAAUGUCUGUCUUGCAAAGGAAAUACCGAAGGGUGGAAAUGUGAAAGGUGCAAGCAGGACCAUUAUGGAGAUCCAACGAUACCAAACUGUAAAAUUUGCGAGUGUGAUCCACUUGGCUCCAUUUCUAAACAGUGUCAUAAUGAAACGGGACAGUGUGUAUGUAGAGAGAAGUUUGUGGGAAGAACCUGCGAUCGUUGUGAGGUUGGAUAUGGAAAUGUUACAGCUCUAUGUCAACCUUGCGCUUGCAACUCAAUUGGUUCCAAGUCUGGAUUAUGCGACGUUCAUACUGGUAUUUGCGACUGCCUACCUGGCGUAGAAGGGUUUCGAUGUGACGCCUGUCAAAACUUACAUUGGGGCUUUUCUAUAACUGGAUGUCAAGCGACGUGGCACCAUUUACAAACGGUCGCACAACGUGUCAGUGGAACAAAAUGCGCUCGUGUAAUAUCAAGAAUCAGAGUGGAUUACGAUAAAAGCAUCCUCAGAGUAAUAGAUGUCAUCCAACAUGAAAGUCAACAUGCCCUCAAAAUGGCAAUGUGCCAGGACACCUGCGAUGGUAUCCCACCGGAGAUUAAAAGACCUAACAGAAGACCGAACUCUGGAGAGGGUCCAUUGAUAUUAGGAAAUUAA